AUGAGGAUUCAAUUAGAUGAUAGAUCAAUUAAGUAUCCUAGGUGUAUUAUUGAGGAUGUGCUUGUUAAAGUAGAUAAAUUCAUAUUCCCUAUUGAUUUCAUUCUAUUGGACAUGAAUGAGGAUAUUGAGGUACCCAUGAUUUUAGGUCAACCCUUUUUAGCCACUGCCAGAACUAUUAUUAAUGUGGGUAAUGGUGAACUUGUGCGGAGGGUAGGUGAUGAAAAGGUCACUCUUCUAGCAUGUGAUAUUGUGAGAGUUUCUAGUGAGCGAGAUGAUACUCGUUAUUUUGUUAAUGUUAGUAAUCAUGUGGCUCAACAUUCAUUGCAAGAAAUUACUCAUGAAGACAUGUUAGAACCGUGUCUUGUUCAAGGUGAUAGAAAUCAAGAUACAAGUGAAGAAGGAAUGGUAUUUCCUUAUGGCCUAAUAGAGGUAACACAUCCUGAAUAUGGAAUGUUUAAGAUAGUGAGAGAUGGGCAAUUGCUUCCCAUCAUUAUUCCAUGCUCGAACAAGAAGACCUAUCCAGUUCAGUGCUGCAGCUUUAGGAUUUGUUGUUUUCUCUUUGUGGAUUUCUUGAUUUCAGUUUCAGGAUUUCCAAACCUUCGCCUGAAUGAAACAACCGGAAGUGGUUGUAUAUUAUCACCCCCUCUUCUGAAAUCAUUCACAUAUUCUGAGCUAGAACAGGCUACCAUGAACUUUAGUUCCCAGAAUCUCAUAGGGGAAGGUGGGUUCGGUUAUGUUUACAUGGGGUUCAUUGAUGAGCAGACGCUUAGUGCUGCAAGCCCUGAAAGUGGAAUGGCUGUUGCUGUGAAGAAGCUUAGUCCCACUGGCACUCAGGGUCAUGAGCAGUGGCUGACUGAACUUGGUAACCUUGGGCGACUUCGUCAUCGGAACCUGGUGAAGCUUUAUGGAUAUUGCUCGCAAGGGGAGGAUAGGCUUUUGGUCUAUGAAUAUCUAUCUAAAGGCAGCUUGCAGGAUCUUCUUUUCAAAGAUUGUUCUCCACCGUUGUCAUGGGAAACAAGGGUUGGAAUUGCCAUAGAUACUGCUAGAGUCCUUUCUUUCUUACAUGAACUAGGGCUUAUAUUACGAGAUAUAAAGUCAGCGAAUAUCCUACUAGAUUCGGAUUUCAGUGCAAAACUUUCGGAUUUGGGCUAUGCAAUAGAAGGCCCUACUGGUGAUCAAUCUUAUGUUUUAACUCGAGUCUUUGGUACUGAAGGAUAUACUGACCCUCAAUAUCUUGCUACAGGUAUGCUAAAUACAAAGUGUGAUGUCUAUAGCUUCGGGGUCGUGUUACUUGAACUGCUUUCCGGACGCCAGGCUGUUUGUCAAACAGCUGCUGGUAUAAUGGAAUUUCUAGUGGAUUGGGCUAAACCAUAUUUAGGCGAUAAACGCCUGUUAUCCCGAAUCAUGGAUACCAAGUUAAAUGGCAACUACUCCAAGAGAGAAGCUUAUGGUGUUGCAGUCAUUGCAUUGCAGUGUGUAAGUGAAGACAAGGUCCGGCCCUCAAUGGCUGAGGUUUUAUCAGCACUCAGACGUCUUCGUCUUCUCUCGGGUUCGCAUGCAUCCCCAAGUGGUGUUCCUUCAUCCUCCGUUGGGUUCAAAGUCGACAGGCCUUGGCUUCCCUUACCUCCACUAGACAGCGUUUCAUCUCAAAGAUCAAUUUCCCCUCUUUGCUCGUCUGACUUUUCGUCCCCAAGACAUGUUCCUUCAUCCCCAAGCAAUGGUCCUCGGUCCUCCCUUUCGUCCCAAAGCGAUGGACCUCCCUUUAGCUUAAGAGAGUUACGCAGGCAACUCUUCUCUCGCCAAGACAGAGGUUCAUCUGGAAGAACAAUUUCCCCACCCUUGGCUUCCACUUUAUCCCCAAGCGAUCUUCCUUUGUCCUUCCUUGGGUCUCCAAGCAAUGUAUCCGGGCUCGUCUCUCCCUCAAGUGAUGUACCUCAAGUGAAGAGUUCCAAAUACAAUAACAAGUACCCUUUGAAGGGGGCUUUAUGGAAUUCAUGUUAGUUUAAUGCAAGGUGCCAAAAACAAAGAAGUGGGGUAAAAUUUGGUUAGGUAGAGGAUUAUUUGGAUUUCGUAUACAACAUAAUACCAUUUGCAGAAGCUUUUAUGCAACAAAUUUCAUGAAUGGUUUCGUAUAAGAAAAUGGAAAUCUUCAGUUGCUUGAUAUG